AUGACUUCCUUCAGUAAAGAAGAAGAUGAACGCAUUAUUGAAUUGGUGAAGAAAUAUAAACACGACUACAAGAAAAUAGCUGCAGUUAUGAGAAAUUCACGCAACGCCAAACAGCUAAGAGAACGAUAUACCAACCAUUUGGCCGAUGGUAUUAAACUAGGAGAAUUCACACCAGAAGAAGAGAAAACCUUCUGGAAACUUUUUCACCUACAUAAUUCCGCAAGAUCAAGAUGGAAACUCAUCGCCGACGAAAUGGAAGGACGAACGGCGUUACAAGUAAGAAAUUACUAUUACAACUAUCAGCGCAAGUCCGCUCGUCGAAUAAAGAAACAGAUGGGCCUUGCUACCAUACUUAAUUAG